AUGGCACCUGAGAAGUUCGAUGUGGCGGAGCACUUCAAGAGCUUGCUGCGCGGCCAGGGCAGCAGCAAGUCUAUCGGUCUGGCGGCCAUCGAGACGCUCAUGCGAUGCAUCGAGAAUUCCAGAGGUCACCCCCUUAUGUUCCACGCUUGUCUAGUGCCAUUUGCUCAGUUACCGUGCUCGAAUCGGCCCACCUCACAGGAUUACUGCCGAGGAGUGAGGGAAAAAGGAGCUACCCUGCGAUGCUUGCGGCAGUAG